CGGUCGCCCUGCCGCCUGCGACUGAGCCCUGACGAAUGCCCGCGUAAAAUACUUUACUUAUCUGAUGUUUGAAUGAUAAGUUUAUCAAUAUUUAAUAUUUUCUCACUGAAGCCGAGCAUGCCAGUGGCAGUGUAGUCUUUAAACGCGAGCUGAACGGCUGGUUGCGUUUUUACCGCGCGUUUUUCCAAAAUGAAUGUGACGGACUUACUUUUUUGGCCGACCAGUACGGUCGUGCCUGAUUUCACGACAAUUUUAUCGGAUGUGCCGACGACUUUCUCGGACAUGUCGAGUUUUUCGGACGUGUCCAGCACAGUUUUCCCUGACAUGACGACUAUUUUGCCGGAGAUCAGCACGAUGAUACCGGAAUUUACGUCCACUCUGAUGCCAGAGACGACAACAGCCGCUGAGGACGUAAGGAAUUGGCUGACGGAUCUAUUGAUGAAGCGCGAAGCGAUCCAGAGUAGGAGCUUCUGGCAGGGCUUCAUCGCGUCUCUCUCGGUCGUCGUCGUCUCAGAGUUGGGAGACAAGACCUUCUUCAUAGCAGCCAUCAUGGCGAUGAAGCACCCACGGAUCGUGGUGUUUGCUGGCGCCAUAUCUGCCUUAGUUUUCAUGACAAUACUCUCUGCAGCCUUCGGAUGGAUAGCAACGGUUAUACCACGAGUGUACACGCAUUACAUAAGCGCAGCUCUCUUCGCGAUAUUUGGUCUUAAAAUGUUAAGAGACGGUUGGAAAAUGAACCCUAAUGAAGGACAAGAAGAGUUAGAAGAAGUUCAAAGUGAACUAAAGAGAAGAGAAGAUGCGCAUGACAAGGAGGAGACCUUGGAUAUGCUUGAACAAGGACAGGCGGAGAACAGGCGGCGGAAACGGAACGCGAUAAUCAAAGUGCUCCUGCAAGCAGCAUCUCUGACCUUCCUCGCCGAGUGGGGCGACCGGUCCCAGCUGGCGACAGUGGUGCUAGCCACUCGGGAGAACGCCGUGGGCGUAGUGGUGGGAGGCUCGCUCGGGCACGCCUUGUGUACCGGGCUCGCCGUCAUCGGAGGAAGGAUGGUGGCGCAGAAGAUUUCUGUGAGGACUGUUACCAUAAUCGGUGGUUUAGUGUUCCUGUUCUUCGCUGUUAGCGCCUUGGUCAUUGGUCCCGGGGAAUAGACUCGCAGCGGCCUGUAAAGUGUAAGUUACAAUAUUGUAUAGAUGUAAAUGUGCAUUGUUGUUGUAGCUUCCAUGGAUUGUACCUAUAUUUGAUGCAUUUAUUUACUUGGGAUAGCACUAUCUUGGUGUAAUUAGUAUGUGUGGUAACAAGUAAAUAACUGUGUUGACAGUUAUUGAAGUAAAAGCCGUGGACGGGAUACCGUUAAUGAAUGAGCUCGACUGUGAAAAUAUUUUUAUCUCUAUGAUUAAGAGGUUUAGUUAGAUAUUUGUGGGACUUCUGUUGUGCUUAUAAGGAUUUUUCUAACGGAUAUGAAAUAAUGAGACCAUCAAAAUAUUGUUUCGACAGCGCUAUAAUAGCAUUCAGUAAGAAGAAAAUUACCAACUUUAGAGACAACAGAAGUGUCACUAAUGUAGAGUAAAUAUUGUAUUGAGUACGUAGUGAGUGUGCAAUUCUCCGGAAAAACUCAAAUUAGAUAUUUUAUCUGUCUUUGAGACUUGUCAUAAUAAUGUGUUAUAAAAUCCAGUAAAGCUCGCAUACUUCAUGCGAUACCUACAGCUGGAACAUUAUCAAUUCGAUAAUGAUCAGCCUUUUGGUGUACGUGACCGAACAUACUUGAUGCUUGCGAUGUCAUUUACGCGAAGAUAGUGUUGUCCUGAAGUACCUACUGACUGAGUCGGUGUGCCAUCAAUAUCGGUCGAAGUAGAUCAUCAGUCAUGUUACAUGCCGAUAACAAGUUUUUUUUGUCUUGAUAUAAAUAGAUGCACAUGAAUGUUAAAAACGUAAGAAGUUUCCAAUCUGAAAAUGAAGACACACAAGUUCUUAUAAACUUUAAAACAUAAACAUAACUCCUAACAAAUGUUGUCUUGUAUUGUACCUAUAUUUCUACGUCAGAAUCGAUUGAAACUUCUCUAUUUUUAACACGAUUUUAGUUUUAAAAUAUGGAUCUUGAGGAUUACAUAAGGCCUUUUUUGUGGGUUUAUUUCCUACUUCAUUUUGUAUUUUCGGGUCUUAUCUUGCUCUGUCCUUCAUGCUAGUAUCUCCCUAUGUGUGAGAUGAAUGGAUGGAUGGAUUAAGAAGAUGUCUCACUAGGACAGUUCAGUCAAAACUAAAUAUUUCGAGGUAUUCAUGGCAGAAUCACACCAUUUUAAUACCUUUAGGCAUAUAACUGAUGUCAGAAUAUGAAGUCACCAGUGUUUUACAUGCACUAUUACAGAUAAGUCCGUGCAAAUAAGGCAACUCAUUUCUUUCAUUAUUUGCGGUCACAAUGUAAAGUACCGUUUUCUAUUGUGUGCUAUGUUUAUGACUAUUACUCAGCGUUUGUCUAUGUGCCUAAGAAACAUAGACAACCUUUGGUAUUCUAAACCCAUAUUUGGCCUUUCCUACUUCUUUAUAUCUUCUGUUCAGAUUUUAUUAAAAAUUUAGUAACCAUGUUAGGAUAUUUACACAAAAGAUGUUGUCGGCAUGUGAAUAUUAUUUAAUUUUGGUUUAAUGAUUUCAAAUGCACCCAGUUUACUAUUUAUAGCCUGACCAGGAACAUAAAAACCCUCGCCAUGUUGCGGAAAACUAAUGGUACUAAUUUCUUUUAAUGGCAACAGUAACUGAAAACUUCAUUGACAUGUCACCUUGCAUGUCAGUCUAUUGCUGUCAAAGUGUAAACAAACUUUAUUUUAAAUGUGCGCAAUUGGUUUUAUGAAUUAAAUUGCUAAAAUAUUUUUAUAGUCGUGAAAGAAAAGUGGUUCACUAUGUGUUAAAGUAUUUGUCGAAGAGAAAUACUAAGGGUUCGGACAAUAUUUUCAUUGAAUAAUGUUUCCGACAAAGGUUGUCAAAUUGAUUGACAUGUUUAUCGUAUAGUACAGUCCACUAUGAAAAUUAGCUGUGGUUUGUUUCAACUACCUAUUUUAAAAAUUUUGUCACUUUCUAAGUGUUGAAUUUUAUGGGAUUGGGAAAGAAGUACCGAGUUUGAAGCGUUCAUGAGCAGACAUUGCAGUUGAAUAUUCAAGUUCUGAAUUUGAUUAUUGAUGAAUCCCAUCCCAACUAAUAUUAUAAAUGCGAAAGUAACUCUGUCUGUCUGUCUGUCUGUUACGCUUUCCCGCUUAAACCUCGCAACCGAUUUUGAUGAAAUUUGGCAUAGAGAUAGUUUGAGUCCCGGGAAAGAACAUAGGAUAGUUUUUAUCCCGGUUUUUGAAACAGGGACGCGCGCGAUAAAGUUUUUCUGUGACAAACAAAAUUCCACGCGGGCGAAGCCGCGGGCGGAAAGCUAGUAAUAAAAUAAAUCUACUAGUUCGAUUGAUGGUUUCAUUUAAUUUAUUUAAAUCGGGUUACCUUAAUAAUAUUUUUUCGUUAAUUUAUGAAAAUAUCAAAUUAGCCCGUAAUCCUGAAUCCUGAUACAUAAAGUUAGCCUAUUAAUUUAACACAGGUACGACUGUACUCAGUGUUGCACUAUCAAAUGCAAUUGACGCGCCUCUAUGCCAGGGUUUUUAUGUUCCUGGUCAGGCUAUAGUACCUAUAUUAUGAUGGCAUACUGCUUCUGAUAAGCUGUGAAAUAUUGUUAUAUUGCUGCUUUAUUAUGACGGAUUGAACAUUGUUACAAACGUUUAUUAAAGCGGCACGGGAGGGUGUUUUUUGUUACGUCAAACGUCAUCGAGACUUCAGAUUUGUAUGCUCUCUCACGGCAUAAUAAUUAUGUCUAAAUCACCCCUCCUGUGCCGCUCCUAUACCUCAAGCACUGUCUCAGUGAAGCGCUAUAGUAAACGACACAUUUGUCAUUGUGUUAAAUAUUUUUAUGUUUUUAUUAUGUGUUGUACAAAAAUUCCAUUGUAAAUGUUCAAUCCCUCAUAAUAAACAAUCAAUUUAGAGACGGUUAAUUAAAGUUAAUGUACUUGUUGAUGUCUGUGAUCUUUAUUUAUCUGUAUGUAUCUGUUUAUACUUUUUUAACAUGUGUAGAACCACAGAUAUAGAUAUAAUAUCUGUGUGUAGAACGGAGCGCGUUUGUCGAGUGAUGAUUCGGAAUAUUGACUUAACUUGGUAUAUACGGAUAUGGAUAUUACACAUGUAUACAGGGUGUUUCGGAUGCUGAACUUCGACUAAAUUAAUGUUUAUUUUUAACAAAAAUAAAUAUUAGACCUUAACACCCUGUAUUAUAUUUUUAAAUAAGAUUAUAAUAUGGCGUGAAAAUUAGUGAAUGUUUGCGUUUAGAUUAUUUUAAUUUAAUACAGCGAUGCCUUUAUAAAACCAUAGAUGUAUGGUAGUUCCGAGCACCCGUGGGUGUAGACGUAAUGAGUCAAUUCUAAAAAUAACAAUAACAAGUGCAAUUUACUUGUACCUUGGUCUUGUUUGUGCUAAAUUGGUCCAAUAUUUGUCCAGAAGUCGGCAAAUACCAUUAAAUUCGACAUUUCUGAACAAAUCGGGAAAUGUCGUAGUAUGUCGUCAACAUCUAAACGUUACAUGUGUUAAGUCAAGCGUCCAAUGUCGUUUGAUACAUGUUGAGGAAAAUUUAUCCUCUAGCGAAUUUGUUUUGGGCUUUGAAACAAACGGUGAUUAACAUUAAUCCUGGUACAGUCAACAUCCAAUAGUUCGUAUCAUCCAAAGUAGCCAAAAUUCGCAACACGUCUUUGUUAAAAUUGGAAUAAGGCUGAGAUUUUGGCCACUUUGGGUGACACGAACUAUUUGACGCUGACUGUAUACAUUGAUGAUUGGAGCGUUUUGGCACAGACAGGCCAAAAUUUUAAUAUUUAUUACACGUUAGAAUAAAUUUUAGAUUAGUGAUUCCACGUAUAAAAACCUUUACCAUACCAGUGUUUUAACUUCUUAACUUACCUUCUUUGUCGGAUCCGAAAUGUACUUGGUAUUUCUGUAAGACAAGGAAUAAAAUGUUCCUGAAAAAUAACACUGAAUAAAUUAAAUUAGCAAAUCCUAACCGACAAUAAUAAAAUUAUGCAACCUUUAGUUAGCUUCAACUAGCGCGAAGUAAAAAUGUCAAAAGCAUUUUUGUACUUUUAAAGCAAACAUAUUAUGGUUUCUUUUCAUCCGACGAACAAAUUUAUUUGGCUGAACAAAAUAAGGUCAAUUUAAAGGUUGAACUUAUUAUUCAUGUUGAGAUUUUAAUUUUCCACUCUAGAUUGUGCAAUGUGUGCUAAAAUAUACUGUAGUAUAAUGUAAUGUGAAUGAAUUUAAAUUAAUGCAAGUAUUUCUUAAAUGUAUGGAAUAAGCUUUUUAACUAUUAUAUAAGGCUAAAGCUGCACUUCAAGUGCCAAGCUUAAGAUUUGUAUUGUCGAGAGCACAUCAACCUACCACGAAUUUCAACCUUAAAUCUAAAUGGAUAAAAUUGAAAAUCGAUUGGGGAAGUUUGUAAUUUUGUUGUUGAUUUGCUGGCGACAGUACUAGAAACAUCUUAACAGUUACGCCGUAUGGGGUUUGUACUGUAUGAAAAUGUAAAGUUAUUAUUAAGCAUUGGAAGGAUAUUUUUGACGUAGACUGUACAGUUUGACUCGGUGUGGGUAUUUUAACAAAGAUAUCCUUAUUGGCGCAGUUACACUAUGCGGCAAAUUGACCGAGACGAAGCGCGAGUACGCACACCGAAGUAUGAGCGACGCACGGCGAAACUAACUGAAGUGCGCGUUUACACUGUCUCAAUUAAUUUCCCGCAUAGUGUAACUGCGCCAUAUAACCUAUACAUCGAACAUGAAAUCUUUCGAUUAUCACCUCAAACGUGACAAUGGAGAGAAAAUGUGUAAUGUAACAUUGAGAUUGUGAUAAUUUUAUAAAAAUGUAUACAGGGCGUAAAGGCACAGAUUUGCAAAAAAUUUUGUGAUUACUUAAGGCUAUACUUUCAGUUAUUAUUAUUAUUACCAAUUAUAGCAAUAAUCAAGUUUUAAACCAGCCAUUUUUAUUCUUAAAUCUAUAUUAUGGUUAGUAAUAUGAAAUGAAUAGAUUCAAGUCCAUGGAUUGGCAAAACUAGUUUUCAGCCUGUUUCAUAAGCGCCAAAUAUGGUAUAUCAAGUUUAGGACAGUAAUUUUAAAGUUUUCUGCCAAUCUGUACAUUACACCCUGUAUUUAUGUACGUCUGUGUGUAUUGUUAUGUUCUUUUAAAUUUAAGUACAAAAUAUUUUUUUAAAUUGUGUAAUCACACAUUGCUUUUGCUAGACGUUGAAUAUAAAACAAAAGUAUUAUUUUUAUUUAAAAAGAAAUAAAGCGUUGCAAUUGGAA